CAGCAGCUGACAGUCACACAAAUAGUGAAGAACUUCAAUGGUGGCAGUGUUUGUCAUAAGGUGAUUAAGUGCAAUGCCAGGAAUGCAAAUAUGGCCAAACUUGUCUGCUGGUCUCAUCCUUGUUAGACAUUGGAUUGGACACUGUCAAGGAAUAUGAUGGCUGCAAGUUAAUUUAUCAGAAUCAGAAACGAUCUCUGGAAAAUAUAUUUCCAUGCUAUUGCCAAGAAAACUGCAUGUUGGGUCCAUCAGGAAUGAAGAUCAACUUGAGGGCUCUGCCUAUGAAAUGAGACCAUGACAACUGAUGAAGCUACAAAGAAGGAAGGCGAGGUCCAAGCAGCAACUCUUGCUGAACAAGGUGAAGAUAUAACACCAAAUAAAGAUCGAGGAGUUCUGAAGAUUGUGAAGAGACCAGGAAAUAAGGAUGAAUCUCCUAUGAUUGGAGACAAAGUUUAUGUCCAUUACAAAGGAAAGCUGGCCAAUGGAAAAAAGUUCGAUUCCAGCCGUGACAGGAAUGAGCCAUUUAUCUUCAGCCUGGGCAAAGGUCAGGUUAUCAAAGCAUGGGAUAUUGGGGUCUCCACCAUGAAAAGAGGAGAGAUCUGCCACUUGCUAUGUAGGCCAGAAUAUGCAUAUGGUUCUGCUGGUAGUGUCCCAAAGAUCCCCUCAAAUGCAACACUCUUUUUUGAGAUUGAACUGCUUGAUUUCAAAGGGGAGGAUUUAUUUGAUAAUGGAGGCAUCAUUCGUAGGAUCAAGCAAAAAGGUGAAGGAUAUUCUAACCCUAAUGAAGGAGCAGCUGUUCAGAUACAAUUGAAAGGGUUUUGUGACGGCAGAAUGUUUGAUUGUAGAGAUGUAGCUUUCACUGUUGGAGAAGGGGAAGACCAUGACAUUCCCAUUGGAAUUGACAAAGCUCUGGAGAAGAUGCAAAGGGGAGAACACUGUAUCUUGCAUAUAGGAACACAAUAUGGGUUUGGUGAAGGUGGAAAGCCUGUAUUUGGCAUAGAACCAAAUGCUGAACUUGUGUAUGAAGUUACAUUGAAAAGCUUUGAAAAGGCCAAAGAAUCCUGGGAGAUGGACACCAAAGAGAAACUAGAACAGGCUGUUGUUGUCAAAGAAAAAGGAACUGUGUAUUUUAAGGAAGGCAAGUACUUGCAAGCAGUAAUUCAGUAUGGAAAGAUUGUAUCCUGGUUAGAAAUGGAAUAUGGCUUAUCAGAAAGGGAAUCUAAAGCUUCAGAAUCUUUAUUGUUGGCAGCCUUCCUCAACCUUGCUAUGUGCUACUUAAAACUACGGGAAUACACUACAGCAAUUGAAUACUGCAAUAAGGCAUUAGCACUGGAUCAAGCCAAUGAAAAGGGCUUGUACCGAAGAGGAGAGGCAAGACUGCUCAUGAAUGAAUUUGAGUUGGCAAAAUGUGACUUUCAGAGAGUGCUAGAAGUGAAUCCACAGAAUAAGGCAGCCAAGUCACAAAUUACCAUGUGUCAGAAGAAAACAAAGGAGCACAAUGAACGGGACCGAAAGAUAUAUGCCAACAUGUUCAAGAAAUUUGCAGAGAGAGAUGCAAAGGAGGAGGCCAGUAAAACUACAGAAGAGAAGGAGGAAAAGCCAUCUUCAGAAAUUGAGCUUAAGAAGACAGUGACUGAUGGCAGUGAAUCAGAGGGCCAUGUAUGACUGUGCAGCAGAAGGACAAUCCUGAAUUUAGCCUGCACCCAGACAGGUUUCUGAAGAACUCAGAAAUUCUACAGUGUUUAAUGUAAAGUUUGUUUCUAUAGGCAUUAUUGUGGAAGCAAAAGCCUAUCCAGAAGCUUCACAAGAAAUGAUAAAAUUACUGCCACUGCUGUGACCAUGCUCAGCAGUGCACCAUAAACCAAGGACAGCAUGGGACCACUUCUAGUGGAGCAAAUGGUUCAGUAACAAAUACCCACAUGGUUCUUGAUUAUAGAUGGCUCAGAGCUGAUUUCAGUUUGCAUCAGGCAGUGACCAGGAUAGGGCCCUACGGUGAUAAGAGUACAGGAGCUGUCAGUUGUGUAGAUUUGGCAUUGCAUUUGGUUGUGUUUGUGGUAGCAUCAAAUGGGUAUAUUCUGCAUGUCAGAAAGAUAGGCCCAAGUGCUACCAAUUCAAGGUACCACUCUCAUGUUAGUAGAAUCAAAUGGAAAAUAGUUGUAAAAGUCAGACUCCUGGGAUUUUGUUCUCUCUGUCUAGUAGUUCCAAUGGGUUUCUGUAGCACAAUAGUUUCUCAGGGAACUGAGUAGUCCAAAUCGUGCUAUUAUUGUUGUUCUUGUUAUUAAAUAAUUGCUUGCUGGCAAGGUCCCCAAUCUAUUGAUGACUGAGUGCAACAGAAAUGCCAGCUUCUGGGCCUGAGCAUUUCCCACCUCAUUCCCCACUGGGCUAUAAUAUGAUCAGCAACAAACAGUGCUGAUUAGCUGCUGCAGAAGAAGGGAAAGGAAUAUGGACUGAACAAGGCCAUCCCCCCCCCCUCUCCAGGAUCAGUUGGGUGUGGACAUAGGGAUGCUCGAGAAAAGUAGCCUUUUUCCUUUUUCUUUUUAAUGUUUUUUCAUGCUGUGUGGGGCAAAUGUAUGCAGUAAUCAAUUUGAAUUAUGUGUUGAGACCUAUUGAAUGCAUUGCUCAAGUUUGUAACAUGAUAGCAAUCAGGAUAUUUUUUUAAAAAAGAAAGAAAAACAUUUUCUUUCAAAAAAAUCUUUAUGAUUAGUUUUAUCAAUAAUAUGGUGACAUGUUUCGCAACAUUAAAAACACUUUUAGAAACAAAAUUCAUAAUUUGGUUUUAAAACUUUUUGCUCAUUCUGGGAAUCCUUCUUUAAACUCUUGAUUGGAUACCCCUGAAGCUGUCAGCUUGUUUUUGAAUGCUUUUAAAACAAAGUGGGUCCACUCUCAAUGCUAUAAAUGGUAGGGCUGGGCAGCAUUUUAGACAUGAAGGUGAAAAAGCUGAUUUACAGUUCACACAAGUGCAAACAACACCUAUCUACAACUCCUUAAACCAAACCCAUCUUUUACCAGAAUCACACACCAAACCUUCAGGAGAUCCCGGGAAAAGGUGAGGCUGCUUUAGGAAAAUGGCUUUGAAUCUGAAGUGCCAAACCAUUUUGC